UGCGGGGGGAAGAUCGCAGACCGCUUCCUGCUCUUCUCCAUGGAGCGCUACUGGCACACACGGUGCCUCAAGUGCUCCUGCUGCCACGCAAAGCUGGGCGACAUUGGCACCACCUGCUACAGUAAAGGAGGCAUGAUCCUGUGUAGGAGCGACUAUAUCAGGUGAGGUCCUAUGGGGCUCUGUGGAGAGGACAGGAGGGUGAGGAUCUAGACUUUAUCUCCCAGGCUAGGGCACUGCGACUGAUCUGGCUCUGCUUUGUGUCUGCAGGUUGUUCGGGCACAGUGGGGCAUGCAGCACCUGUGGCCAGUCCAUCCCGGCCAAUGAGAUGGUUAUGAGGGCACAGGGCAAUGUGUACCAUCUCAAGGUAAGACCUCCUGGCAGUAAUUGUCUCACUGUUGUUAGUGUCUGUCACCAUCAGUGCAUUUGUAACAGUUGUUUGUGUGAAACCAAUAGAUGUAUACUUGAAACAAGGUGCUAUAUACACUGUCCUAAAGUUAACUUGUAUGUUGGAGUUUAACGUUUGCUAACGACACUAGAGUAAGGCCUGGACUUGGCACGUUUGUCAUGAGGAUUCUAACUCCUGUGUCUGUUUUUUAUCCUUAGUGUUUCACCUGUGCCACCUGUAGAAACAGACUGGUGCCAGGGGACCGCUUCCACUAUGUCAACGGCACCAUCUUCUGUGAGCAUGACCGGCCAGGGGCUGCACUGCUCAGCAGCCACCUGCCCCCACUCCAGAGUAACCCUGUGCUGCCUGACCAGAAGGUGAGAGGGGGACCAGGUCCAUGGGGCCUUUCACACUGUCAUAUCUUUCACACACACUACUGUCUAGUAACUAACGUUUUAUUCACCCCUGCUCUUGUCUGUAGGUGUGCUGAGUGGUUAG